CAUAAUAAAAGAUUAAAAAAAUCCAACUAUAUAAAAUGCCAGCCAGCCCGUGGCACUCACGGUUUUCUAACCUUACCCACGCCCAGUCCCUCUCUUUUGUCUGCUAGGGUUUGCGUGUUUGUGUGACAAAACAGCGAUGGCCGACGAAGCUCAAUACUCCUCUGGUACCGACUCAGCUAGCAAUAAACGCAAGUACGAGGAACAAACCACCCCGCCUCCGCCGCGGAGGGCCACCGGGUUCUCUGCCCCUAUCUCCUCAUCGCCCGACUCUGCGCCUGCCUCGUACAACAGCGUUCCACCGCCCGUCGAUGAGAUCCAGCUGGCCAAGCAGCGAGCCCAGGAGAUCGCCGCUCGCUUGUUCAACAACGCCAGUGUUGGAGCCGGUGCCGGAGCCGGUGCCGCUGGAGCACUCGACGCCAAGCGCCCUAGGGUUGAAAAUGGCAGUGGCUUUGAUUCCAACGAUAAGGGUUUUAGCUCUGUCCCAAGCGACGGGAAGCCGUUCAUUUCAAACUCAAACCCAUCAUCGAUACCUGUCUCAUAUGGAUUCCAGGGUACAAGCAAAAGAAUUGAUAUUCCAAAUGGCAGGGUUGGUGUUAUUAUAGGUAAAGGUGGUGAGACUAUCAAGUAUCUUCAACUUCAAUCUGGUGCCAAGAUUCAAGUUACCCGGGAUAUGGAUGCGGACCUCAACUCUCCUACUAGGAUGGUUGAACUCAUGGGUACUCCGGAGCAAAUUUCCAAGGCAGAACAGUUGAUAAAUGAUGUCCUUGCCGGGGCUGAAUCAGGGGGUCAAGGUAUAGUUUCUCGAAGGUUAACUGGGCAAGCUGGAUCUGAACAAUUUGUGAUGAAAAUUCCAAAUAAUAAGGUUGGUCUUGUCAUCGGUAAAGGAGGAGAAACUAUUAAAAAUAUGCAAGGUAGAACUGGAGCUCGUAUUCAGGUGAUUCCUUUGCAUCUGCCCCCUGGUGAUACAUCAAUUGAAAGAACGUUGCAAAUAGAUGGGACCAGUGAGCAAAUUGAUAAUGCUAAACAGUUGGUUAAUGAAGUCAUUAGCGAGAAUCGUGUUAGAAAUCCUUCAAUGGCUGGAGUAUAUCCUCAGCAAGGUUACCAAGCACGUCCUCCUACAAGCUGGGCCCCACCUGGGGCUCCUCAAAUGCAACAACCUGGUUAUGGCUAUGGGCAACCUGGCUCAUAUUCUGGUCCAUCACCCCAAUAUAAUAUGUCCCAGCCUUCUUAUCCUGGUUAUCCUCAACCCUCAUCUGGUGGAUAUCCCUCUAAUUGGGAUCAAUCAACUAUGCCACCAACUCACCAGAGUACUCAGGGAAGUGGUUAUGAUUACUAUGGUCAACAACCGCCUCCACACCAACAGCAAAACCCUGGUGGUCCUGCAGCUCCCUCAGAUAAUACCGGUUACAAUUACAGUCAGCCGCCAGCUUCUGGCUAUCAGCAAGGACAAGGUUACGUGCAAGAUGGUUAUGGUGGUUAUCAUGCAGCUUCUCAGUCUGGGUAUGGUCAGCCACCAACCUAUGAUCAGCAGCAGGGUUAUUCUGCACCACCCAGCUAUGGUAACGUAACCAACCCAACACAAGAUGUACACAGUUCCUCCUAUGGAUCGCAGGGGGAUUCCACGCAAGUACCUCCCGUCCAACCAUCUUCAGUGGGCCAGCAAGGAUAUGGUUCCAGUCAACAGCCUAGCCCAAACCCAGCAGGUUAUCCACCUCAAGGAGCUAAUCAGGCAGGUUAUGGGAGUCAACCACCUGCUCAGCCUGGUUAUGGGAGCCAACCACCUGCUCAGCCUGGUUAUGGCCCUGGAUAUGGAGCACCUCAAACUCAGAAAGCAUCUGCCAAUCCCCCGGUUUAUGGGCAGGCCACACAAUCACCUAGUACCCCGGGAGGAUAUGGUCAGCCUGCUGCGCAGCCAGGUUAUACCCAUUCACAGCCGCCACCAGCUAACUAUGCUCAACCAGAUUCUGGUCCACAACGUGGUCCACCAUCUAGCUACAGUGCUGGAGUUUCUCAACCAGGAUAUGGGCCUCCGCCUUAUGGUGCACCUCCAGGCAGUCAGGGUAGUUAUGGACAGGUACCGCCUUAUAAUGCCUCUUAUGGGAGUGGUUACUCUCAACCUCCUCCAUAUUCUGGUGAUGGAAAUGCUAGUGGAAACACUCGAGGGGGUUAUGAUGCAGCACCGACUUCACAAAAUGCUCAACAGGGUGGCGUGGCCAAAUCAUCCCCUCAAAGUUAGAUAUGUUUUCAAUUUGGAUAUUCUCAUUUUGGCACUUGUGGAAUGGAUCGGUGUAAUGCUGUGUAUUACUGUUAGGUUCUUAGUGGUUUGAGACAUUAGCCUCACUGGUAUUUGUUAUGUUUUUCAAGCAUUUAAGGUUUUGUAUGGAUGAUUGUGAUCAGAAUAUAUUGGAUUUUAAAAUUUCUGGUUCUUAUUUA